AUGUCCAAGUGUGUUCCAUUUUUCUUUGCGUCCCUUUUUUCUCUUGGUCAAGCCCUCGGGGAAAUGGACCCAGAAACAUCUCUCCAAAAUGCACUCUUUGAUGGAUACAAUCGAUUUCGUAAACCUGUCCUUAACAGAACUAACUAUGUUAAAUUUGGUGUGUCCAUUGCGCUUCAUAGUAUAGAACAUGUUAACGAGAAGUCACAAACGUUUUCAUCAAUUGUCUGGUUGGCUUAUUCGUGGAUAGAUGAAUAUCUCCGCUGGAAUAUCUCAGAAUAUAAUGUUAAAAGUUUGAGGAUUCCUGCCGAAAAAGUCUGGAUUCCAGCCGUUUGUAAUAUGAAUGAACUAGAAAUUGACAAGAAAUGUAUCAGUUUUAAUUCCGUUAAAUACAAUGAAGUUUUUAUUUUACCUUAUGGGAGUGUUACUUUAUACGAUACGGUGAAGAGCACGAUUCAGUGUGAAAUUAAUGUGGAGAGAUACCCGUUUGACGAACAGAAAUGCACUUAUGCCUUUCAGCCUAUAUUAUCAAACACUCAUAAAUUAGAAAUUGAGAAGAAAAUUUCCUUAAUUGACACAUCAAGCCUAACAACAAAUGGAGAGUGGAACUUAAUUUCUUUAGAAAGGGAAAUUAAAAAAAUAAUGUACGGAAGAAAUAAUCCCAUUGACACUAGACUCGAUUUCGUCUUGAAGAUACAACGACGUCCAGCCAUGGCCAUUUUAACCUCGGUGAUACCAAUAAUGGUUCUCUCACUAAUGAACAUCUUCUGCUUUAUUCUGCCAGUGGAAGCCGGGGAGAAAAUUGGCAUGUCUAUGGCUUUAUUUCUAACCUUUGCCGUGUUUGCCAGCAUUCUAAGCGACACAAUGCCUUCAUCCUCAGAGAACAUCUCGUGGUUCAGCAUUUAUGUUACUACACAGGUAAUUCUGAGCGCGAUGGUUGUGAUUCUGGAAACCAUUGUUCUCCGUAUUUAUCAUGGAGAUCCCGAUCCCGAGAAAAAAGAUAAUGUACAACAGCUUCACUGUAAUACUGUCUACAAGGUGAUGGAAAGCGAUAAAACAUUAACUAGUCCAGAAGGACUUUUGAAACCUUCCACUUCCCGCAGUAAAGAAAAAGCCAUGAGAGUAGAAAACAUCUUUAUGGUGUGCAUCGUCAGCUUAAAUAUUGCUUCAUUUUGUGUUUUAUGCAUUGAAAUUCUUUAG